AUCUGUGAGCCGAAUGUGGCGGGUCCGAGUACUGCAAGCCAGACGUUGCAGUCCAGCGAUUCCACGCACGGCGAAGCAUCUACUGUGUCAGCGCAGGACAGCAAUGAGAAUUCGAAAUCAGUCGAGCUGGAAAAAGGGAAAAAAGUUGCCGCUGCUCAGAAGAGCGAUAAAGUUCCUUCGAGCAACGAACAGGUAAUGUCCAUAACCAGUGAUGCUACUUGCUCAGAAUGUAAUGAGGGCGAUACCAUUGCGGUUCCGAAUGAAGAACAGCCUGAAAAAGGCAAGGAAGAAGAUCCGUCCAACAGCGCUACCACAGACGAUACCAGUGCGGUUCCGAAUGAAGAGCAGCCUGAAAAAGGGAAGGAAGAAGAUCCGUCCAACAGCGCUAUCAGAGUGAAGGAAACUUCCGAAGCUCCUUGCAAGCAGAACUGCGAGAAGCCGGCCAAUGCUGCCACAAUUCAGGAUGACUGCCGGACAUCUGUUCUGAUCAAAAAGCAAAUGAGCGAGAUUGACAAAGAGAUCCAUCGUCGAGCGCAGAACAAAAAUAUCAAAAAGAUUGAUGAGGAAGAGCUGGCUCAGCUUUUGAGCAACGCUGAUAGUGAUUUCCCGUGCUCCUCAGCAGCGGCAGCUACAGUUCCUGCUAAGAGAGCAGAGCAGGUUGCUUGGCGAUAG